CUCAAGCGUAUUACACGGGUAUGCUUUUCCAUCCUUAUAGUUAAGUUAUACCUUAACAGGUACCAAGCCUUUGUUCCUACUGGAAUUCUAUGUUGACACCUUUUGUCGAGCUGGUGGAAGGUCGGUCAUCUAUCUUUAACUCACUUCUCUCCCACUCAUGUCGAUCGCCAUAUUUUACAGCUACAGGUGGGAAAGCGUACAACUCUGUUCUCAUGUUAUGAAAAUUGACAUUUUUUUUUUAAUUUUACAAUUUUGGUAAGGUUGAGCUUUCAAAGAUGGUAGCUUGAAUUUGAAUUGAACAACCAAACGAUCGCACAUUAAAGUAAUUUAAAAUAGGAAAGCAAGGACAUUUGGGUCAGUUCAAGUGGAACAGGCAGUUACUCUAGUUUGAUUCUAUGUCUUCAUCUCCACAACUACUGUCUGUUGUUGGAGUCUUUAUAUGAGUUGUGAUAAACUUUCUCAUUGAUAUCACUCCCUGUAAACUCAAGAUUGUCAAAGAGAAACUUAGAGAUUUAGAGAGAGAAGAAGAAGAAGAUGAGUGAAUCAAUAGCGGAGGCUUCGCCAUUGUCACAACAACCACCACAGGCCCUUCUAGAGAGACUCAAGGAUUACGGCCAAGAAGAUGCAUUUGCACUCUGGGAUGAGCUUUCCCUUGAGGAACGUCUCCUCCUUGUUAAGGACAUCGAGAGUCUAGAUCUUUCUAGGAUUGACCGAAUCAUACAGUGCUCGCUUCAAUCUCAUAGCCUACCGACGUCGGUGAUUGAGCCGGUGCCGGAGGGUAGCGUUUCGUCGGUGGAGGAGCGGCGACCCGAGGAUAAAGCAAGAUGGUGGAAGAUGGGGUUGAAAGCAAUCUCAGAGGGGAAAUUUGCUGUUUUGUUAUUAUCAGGUGGGCAGGGAACUAGGCUUGGAAGUUCUGAUCCAAAGGGUUGCUUCAACAUUGGCCUUCCUUCUGGAAAAUCUCUGUUUCAGCUUCAAGCUGAGAGGAUUCUGUGUGUCCAGAGAUUAGCUGCACAAUCCAAAAACGACACCGCUUCCUCAACUGGUAAUUCAGUGAUGAUACAUUGGUAUAUUAUGACAAGUCCAUUCACUGAUGAGUCCACACGCAAGUUUUUCGAGUAUCAUAAGUAUUUUGGGCUUGAAGUAGAACAAGUUACCUUCUUUCAACAAGGCACCAUUCCUUGUAUUUCAAAAGAUGGUAGGUUUAUAAUGGAGACUCCGUACAAAAUAGCUAAGGCCCCAGAUGGGAAUGGAGGAGUGUAUUCAGCUCUUAAGUCGUCUAACUUGUUGGAAGACAUGUCCAUGAAAGGAGUCAAGUACUUGGAUUGCUAUGGUGUUGAUAAUGCACUGGUUCGUGUAGCUGACCCAACUUUCUUGGGCUAUUUCAUUGAGAAAGGUGUGGCUGCCGCUACAAAAGUUGUACGUAAGGCGUACCCACAAGAGAAAGUCGGUGUCUUUGCACGUAGAGGCAAGGGGGGGCCUCUAACUGUGGUUGAAUACAGUGAGUUGGAUUCUAAUUUAGCUUCAGCUAUCAACCAAGAAACAGGACGCCUACGUUACUGUUGGAGCAACGUUUGUUUGCACAUGUUUACUGUGGAUUUCCUCCACCAAGUGGCGAAUGGCCUUGAGAAGGACAACAUUUACCAUCUGGCUGAGAAGAAAGUACCUUCGAUUCAUGGUCACACCACUGGCUAUAAACUUGAGCAGUUCAUAUUUGAUGCAUUCCCAUAUGCGCCCUCUACUGCCCUUUAUGAGGUACUGCGUGACGAAGAAUUUGCGCCUGUGAAAAACGCAAAUGGCUCGGCGUUUGACACUCCAGACAGUGCUAGGCUUCUUGUUCUGCGGCUUCACUCUCGUUGGGUGGUCACUGCUGGUGGGUUCUUGACGCAUUCCGUGCCUUUAUAUGCGACCGGUGUGGAGGUUUCACCGCUGUGUUCGUAUGCAGGGGAGAACCUUGAAGCCAUAUGCCGUGGUAGAACCUUUCAUGCCCCAUGUGAAAUAACUUUCUAAAUAGAUAAUUUCAUACAAUCUCUAUCUAUGUCAGCUCUAUUUUAAAGCAAGUUAGGGUGAGUUAAGUUCGUCUAUCUCAUGUUCGGAGAUGAGAUAAUUAUAUGUGAUUUACUGGUAUGGGAAUAUUAGUCUUGGGAUAUUUUGGGCAUGAUUCAAUUCUAAUAAUAUGUGAUGUGCAAUUUGAUACCUUCGUAAUUAAUAAUGAGCCAUAUUUUGUUGUUAAGUGAUAAAUAAUAAUUUUUUUUAA